GCUUGUGCAGGCUGAGGCAGGAAGAGGACAUGGCCAUGUUUCCUGAUGGGGCCCUGCCCGACCAGGGUUCUCACCUACCCCAGAGCCUGGACAACUGGCUGCAUCUCUCCCUCAGAGUCAGAAAGUACCCCAUUUCUUUCUUCCAAGGCCCCUCAAACCUCCCUCCAAACAGGCAGGGCCCAGUCACCUUCCCAGGAUGGAGCUGCCGGGACACAGAGCCUGGGGUACCAGCCGGGGACACAGCACAGCCUGGCAAAGCCAGCUCAGGGCUCACACCUCCCAGAUACCAGAGCAUCAGACCAGGGCCCAGAGCCUCACACACCAGGGAGGGAGUAGACAAGGCCCUGCUAAGUCCUCUCCACUCAGGGCUGGCCUCAACACCCCUGAGCCCCGAGUUCUGGCUCUAUUGAGUGGCUGUGCAGAUGGCGGCGAGGGCAGCGCGUCUGGAGAGAUGCUCCAAGUCUGGGGCUCUGGCCCUCAGCGCUCGGGCUCCAGUUUCGAGACCUUGGCUCUCACUACGGGAACCCCCAAAUUCUGCAAAGGUGGCAGGAACCCAUCACCGCAUUGUUCAGUGAUGAAAACCGAGGGCUGCAGGAGUGCGGUCCCUGGAAGACCCAGGAAGACGAGUUUUCCCGAAUCCCCCACUGUCCCUCCAUCUCAGUCCUCCUCCCCCCACUUCCCAGCCCCCGGCACCAGCUCAACUCGAGCUUAGUGGCUUUCAGGCAACGGAAGCUGUGUGACCUUGGGCAAGACACGGACCCUCUCCGGACCCCGCGGCGUUCCGACAUCCAGAAUGCAGUAAGGACGGCGCUGGAGUGCAGCGGUCUGUUCCCCGGACCUGCAGCCGCUCCAGGGCAGGGCUCUGGCCGCUCUGGCUCCCCGGCGGCUGGCACAGGGGGCGUCGGGGAAAUGUCUAGGACGGACAUGGCGAGGCCAAAGAACUGCAGCGCGUCUCCGGCUCGCGGUCCGUGACCCGCCAGGGAUGGCGGUCGGGACGUGCGCGGGGCGCAGGGCACGCGGGGGCUCGGAGUUCCCUGGGGCUCCCCGAGCUGGGGCGUUUGGACCUAGCAGACGGGGAGAAGAGCGGCGCAGCUCCCGCUGCCGGGACCGGGACUGCGAGCUCCCACCGUGCGGGCUCCGGCAGAGGCCUGGCGGGAAGCCCCCGCGUGCGCUCCUCCGCCGGCCCGCGGCCGCCCCCUACCGCCGCCUGCUCGCCGGCCCUGCGCCCGGGACGCUCGGCGCAGGGUCCGGGCCGGGCGUUACCUGGGGCCGCGGCGGGGUUCCACCCCCAUCCGGCGGCCGGCGCGUCGCUCCCGCUGCAGCCCGGGCUCGCGGUGCGGCUGCGGCCCGCGCGCCGCCUGCCGCGGCCCCUCUCCGGCCCCGUGCAGGGGAACCGUCCGCGGACCUCACCGCCCGGGCGCGCGGGGCCCACGCCGGCUGCGCAGCUUCCAGGACCCCCGCCCCGGCCCCUCGCGAAUGGAGCCGCCUGGACCGCACCACGCGUGCGGGAGCGCGGGUGGCGCGGGCGGGGCGGAGCCUCUUUCGGCCGCGCCCGCCCAGCGUCAGUCUGCCAGGGGUGCGUAAGGGCGCGGCGCCUGGGGCCUGGCAGCCUCCGUGACCUUGGAGGAGUGACUUCGUUUCCUCGUCUGUGAAACAGGGGAAACAAUACGACCCCGUGGUCGUUCAGAGAAUCUUCGCUUCCCGGAGAGUGUGUCCCCUCCCCCACCCCCGAUGGGCGCGGGGGUAGCUAAUAGAGAGCUGCUCUGGGGUCAGCAGAUCUUGGUUCCCCACUUUGGGCCAUUCUCUGAGCCUCAGUUUUCAAGUCUGCGGAAUGGAAGUGAUGAUACCUUCUUCAGGAGGAGGAUGGAAGACUCCAGUGACAAAAGACGAGGCGGCCGGCCGAGACGUGGGGAGGGAUUACGCUCCCCGCAACCCCUGUGUCCCCAUCGCUAGAACCAACCUGGACCAGGGCAUGGCCGGCACCUGCUCAGGCCGCGGGUCCCAGCUCCGGAGGGGAGCCUCACCGUCCCCGCCUCCUGGGCGCAUUAGGCCAGCGAGGGCUGCACCCUGCCGCGGGCCGCGCUCUGGCUGGCAUGCAGGUGGUGGUAGUCCAUGCGGACCGCGCCUCCCGCAGGCUGCCCAACCAGGUCGUCUUCUCAGCCAAGGUUUAGGUCCUCUGCGGAGGGCUGAUUAGACGGUGGAGCGGCUGCCUCCCGGUCUACUUAAUUUUUAAAGCUGCCGUUUGUUGACAGAACAGCCACCUAAAGGAGAGCUUUAGAGGGAAUGAGUGCCCUGGAAGGAGGCUCUGGGGUGGGGAGAAGUUGGUCUCAUGGGUCCCCAAGUUCUUUCUUUCUUUCCUUUCCUCCUCCCUCCCUCCCUUCUCUCUC